AUGACCACCGAGCUAGAGAAACGACGUGCAACUGUCUCCGUAGCGACUUAUGACAUGCAGCUGCUCUGUAGCUGGUUCACCUGGGUAUCCAACAGAGAAAACGAAGUCCCAAGACUCGUUGCCUUGAUUCCCGAUCUCGAGUCAUGCACCGCUAACGUUGUGCAUGAUCUUCUGCACAUUAGCAGGAACUACUGUGACCGACUACCACUCACCUUCAUCCUUGGCGCCUCAUCAGCCGACGUGCUCACAACUAUGUUCGGACGUGCCACAAGGAAGAUUCUAACUGUCACAAAAUUUGUAUUACCCACCGAGGAGCAUCGCUUCGAGAUGCUCAUCCAACGGAUCUUUCUGGACCCAAGCUUUACCCCCUCACUUAUUCCUAGCGGAAGAGUAACCUCUUGGCUUCAUCAUUCGUGGAGUAGAUUUCAUGGAUCCCUUGAUUCGUUCAUCUCACACGUCCAACUGAUUUAUCUUCGCCAUUUUCAAAAUCCUCUUUCUAUCUUAUGGAGCGACAACUCCUUUGGGUUGGAGUCUUUGGCAGAUCGCAUUCAACUCGGUGAAGUGGAAGAAGCCGGCGAGUUCCUUCAGGACCUUGCGACGUCGUUGGACGCUAUUACACCGUCAAUGGAAACAUUCCUUCAACUAUCGGGGAAAGCAAUUGACGACUUCAAUACUCGGCUCCAGACGGCAAAGCGCUCGUUUCAUCUUCUCCUAGUUACACAAGCGUAUUUACGCGAGCUUUCACAGCAAAAUCACGCUUCUGAACUUGGUAUCUCGUUCAUAAAGCUCGUUGGACUCUUCGGGGACGGCCGACUCGAAGAGAUUUACCCAAAACUGCUCAAGCGUAUACAGCAAGUCACUUUCUCUAUCUCACUUCUCACCGGAACUCAACUCCUGGAAUUUCUUCAACAACUAGAAACCACAGGUCGGCAAAUAUCAGACGAACUUGUAGAUGAGACUUUCCUCGCACAAAUAGAAAGGUUUCGACAUGAGGUUCACACCACUGAGCAAACAGAGGAGCAGUCGAAGCAACGCCAUCCAAUCGGAGAGGACAUUGCGACUCAGCUGCGAGAUAUGCAGACUAUGGAUAGCUGGCUGAAGCAUCCGCUUUCUGCUGUGUGGAGAACGGCUGACGUCGAACUGCCUAUCGAUAUGCUGAACCCGAGCAUGCGGAACGUGGUCCUCGAAUCCCUACGGCACCCUGGCAGUUACCUGCUCCACGACGUGACCUCGACGUCCAAUACAACUGCAUCGCAAUCGUCAAUGAACGGGCAGGAAACGACACGACGUGGCGGUCCAGUCACCAACCCGGACAUUUGCAUUCUUUUUGCUCGUUAUGCGGAUGCGGGCCGGACUAUCAACGUGUACGACUGGUUUGAAUCGUUCGUCCAAGGUCUGGAAGCGGGCCGACCUCAGUCUACAAAGAGCAAAGCCGAAUUCUCUGAAGAAGGGUGGAGACGGGAGGCAUACGCGCGAUUCAUGUGGGCAUUACACGAGAUGGACAUGCUUGGUCUACUAAGAUGGACUGGACGCGGAACCGGCAAGAAAGGUGCUGAAUGCACAGGAAAGGUUGUUUGGGUCACGCCAGAAGACUAA